AUGGCUCUACUGUCAAUUUUGUUUUAUGUGAUUCUGGCUGUUCUGACUGGAGUCUACUUGUUUUUCAAGAGGCAGUUCUCAUUUUUUGAGAGACAUAACAUUCCUCAUUUAAAACCAAACAUUCCAUUUGGAAAUAUGAAAGAUGUAGCCAAAACUGUUCACAUGUUGGAUAGAUUGCAAGAAAUUUUUGAUACGCUUAAAAAACGAGGCAAAGUUAUUGGAUUUUAUAAUCUAACGGAUCCUGUUUAUUUGAUUACUGAUAUCGAAGUUAUCAAGCAUAUCGCGAUCAAAGAUUUUAACAAUUUCAUGAAUCGAGGAGUCUUCGUCAAUGAAGAAGAGGAGCCACUUACUGGGCAUUUGUUUGGACUUGAGGAUGAACGUUGGCAUUUCCUUCGUAAUAAGCUCAGUCCAGUAUUUACAUCUGGAAAGCUUAAACACAUGUAUUUGACUAUUAACGACUUAGGAAAGAACUUAGUCGAUAGAUUAGAUAGAAUGGGAAAGAAUAACGAAACUGUUGAAGCUAAAAGUGUUGCAAAUCGAUUUACUGUUGAUAUCAUUAGUUCAGUUGCCUUUGGUAUGGAUGCAAAUACUUUAAAUGAUCAACAUCAAGAUUUAUUAGAUAUUUUCAAGGAAAUUUUUGGUGCUGAAGGCCCGAGUUUAUUUUACUUCUUUUUCCUUUUUGCUUUCCCGAAUUUGUCUAAAAGGCUGCACCUCCGUCAGUUUAGUAAAAGAAUUUGUGACUUCUUCAUGGAUGUUGUAGCAACAAAUAUUAAAUAUCGUGAAGAUAAUAAUGACAAUCGGAAUGACUUUUUGAAUAUGUUGAUCCAAUUGAAGAACAAAGGAUCAAUCGAUGGAGAAAUUUCAACAGAAACUAAGAAAUUGACUCUUAAUGAGAUCCUAGCUCAAGCUUUCUUAUUCUUCUUUGCCGGUUCUGAUACUUCAAGUACCACAAUUUCAUUUGCAUUAACUGAAUUAGCUUUUAAUCAAGAUGCGCAAGAAAAAUUAAGAGCUGAGCUUGUUGAGAAGACAAAAAAUACAAACGGUGAAAUUUCUUAUGAUCUUUUGCACGAAUUGACUUACUUGAAUCAAGUUGUGAAUGAAUCCCUUCGCAUGCAUCCACCUGCACCAUUUGCUAUUAGAAAAGCUAAGGAAGAUUAUAAAGUCCCAGACACAAACGUCAUAAUUAAAAAGAACACAACUGUAUGGAUUCCAUUGCAAUGCUUCCAUUAUGACGAUCGUUACUGGAAUAAUCCUUCCAAAUUCGACCCAGAAAGAUUUACGACCGAAGAAGUUGCGAAAAGACCUCUUUGCUAUUUUCCAUUCGGUGAAGGACCCAGAAAUUGUAAAUAUUAA